AUGGCGUCAAGAAAGAAACAACCUUCCAAGAAGAAGGACGGCAUCCACUUCGUCAAUGCGAGACCGGCGUCCGAGACCGAGAAAUUGAAAGCCCAGCGUUUAGUGCGCGCGCAUGUUGGUCGCUGGAUUUCUGAUCAAACGAAGGAGCGAUCCGCAGGCGAAUCCUCCAAUUCGCGACCCCACCCUCCCCGCGACUACCUCCACCCCCUACCCGUCCUCGAUCGCGCGGGCCCCGGUCCCGCUUUCGCCCUCGCCUCGCGCCCUUCAAGCUCCCAUCUCGCCAGUAUCCCCGCUUCCAGCCUCGCCUUUGUGCACGAAUCUCCCUCCCGCCAGCUCGCAUACCGAGACUCCCCGUUUCCGCAGUCACAAGCUAGCGAGAGCAGUGAGAGCAGUGGCAGCGAUGAUGCGAGCACCGUGGCAGGGGCAUCCUCGGCGCAGCGCGCGAUCGUCCAAUUCAAUGAUCGUCCGGUUGAGCGAUUGGAGCGGAAUUUCGUGGGCGCCUUCGAUCCUUUCGUCACAUACCCCACACCCAUGAACUUCGAGCCCACGCUCAUUCAUCUAUCUGAGCACUAUCUAAGAAAUACUGUGUGGCCGGGACUUGCGCCCCGGCCAAAUAGUGCCUCAACCGCAGCUGAUAAGUGGUUGCACCUCUCCAUGGAUGACUCGGCUUUGUUUACUGCAUUCAUGUUUGGCUCAUUGUGUCAUCUCCGAGUACAAUGUCAGAAUGACUGGAUACCACGCACAAGUUUUGGUCGAAGGGAACAGCAUGCACUACAGCUGUGUGAAAUGGAAUCAAUUAAAUUGAUCAAUCAAGCCAUCCGUGACCCAAAACGUGUAGUUGAGGAUGGUGUCCUUCUCAGUGUCAUUUGCAUGGCUCAUCACCAGGCAGAGGAAAAUUCGGCACAGCACCACGAAAAAACACCAUUCAACCCACCUUUCCCGCGGCUACAGUGGAUCAAUGUCUACGGCUGUCUACCACCGAAUAUGAUACAUAUCAAAGGGUUGUUGCAAUUGGUCAAAUUAAGAGGUGGCUUGACAACUAUCUCCACAGAGGGUCUGGCCGCGACCAUCUCUUUCUCGGAUAUCCUCACUUGCAGUGUUCUCAGCGUUCGCCCAUGUUUCGACUUUUGGCCACUAGCCGAUGAGCGAAGAGGCAUGUCAAUCCAAGAAUUGCUUGGUUUCAGUUCGUUGGCCUUCGACGAAAGGUUCGGCCGCUUGCAGGGAGUUGGCGCUACUCGCCAAAUGAUUGAAGCUUUCCAAGCCGUCCACGCUUAUAUCGGGAUCACGAAAUCCCCAAACCCCACACGCGAUAUAUCCCUUCUCGCUGAUCAGCGCAACUUAACACAACACACCCUCCUCUCUCUCCCUCCAGCUUCCAGACUCGAUAUAUAUGUCUCCCAGUCUACACAGGCUACCACCUAUGAAGCCCUCCGUCUUGCCGCACUAGUAUUCGGCGUCGGCGUUAUUUUCCCCAUCCCCGCGCAGAACACACCACUCAGCACUCUAGCGCGAGAGAUCCGAUUAGUCCUUCUCCAGUCCUCCUCCUCGGUGUUAUGGUCUUCACCAUCUACUCGUUUUGCGCUGCUAUGGAUUUUGACUCUCGGUGGUAUUGCCGCGCACGAUACACCCGAGCGCACCUGGUUCGUUUCUGUUCUGGGAGACAUAUCCCGUAGAACCAAGUUGAGCUCAUGGGCAAGCGUCAAGCCCAUUGUCACAUCCAUGCUGUGGUUGGAUACUGCCUGUGAUCGCGCGGCAGAGGCACUAUGGCUGGAGAGUACCAGCAAGUAUAGCUUUGUCAUCGGGUGA